AUGCAUUUGUUUCCUUUGAGGACCCUGAGGCAUGAGGAGAUUCUAACACAGCAGCUAGAUCGGGGGAGGUGUCCAGAGCGAGAGGGAGGUGUCCAGAGCCAGAGGGUGGGGUCCGGAGCCAGAGGGAGGUGUCCAGAGCCAGAGGGUGGGGUCCGGAGCCAGAGGGAGGUGUCCAGAGCCAGAGGGUGGGGUCCGGAGCCAGAGGGAGGGGUCCAGAGCCAGAGGGAGGGGUCCGGAGCCAGAGGGAGGUGUCCAGAGCCAGAGCCAGAGGGAGGGGUCCGGAGCCAGAGGGAGGUGUCCAGAGCCAGAGCCAGAGGGAGGGGUCCGGAGCCAGCAGGAGUCACUCAGACUAUGCAGUUUUAA